CAUCUCAUUAGCCUGUCUGGUGACGUAAGGCGCGGUCAGCUGGUACUGUGUUUACAGCAGGAGGUGAGCGAGUGUGGAGAGCGCGUCACUACCGAGCACCGACAACACCCUCGGCCUCCCGCCGUGCUUUACCGAGGGUCUCUAAUCAAAAUGGGAGGGGCGGUGAGCGCCGGGGAGGACAAUGAUGACCUGAUCGACAACUUAAAGGAAGCUCAGUACAUUCGCACUGAAGAGGUGGAGCAGGCCUUUCGUGCCAUUGACCGUGCAGAUUACUACCUGGAUGAAUUUAAGGAAAUAGCAUAUAAGGACUUGGCCUGGAAGCAUGGCAACAUCCAUCUGUCAGCCCCCUGCAUUUAUUCCGAGGUGAUGGAGGCUCUGGAAUUACAGCCCGGCCUGUCCUUCCUGAACUUGGGCAGCGGCACUGGAUAUUUAAGCACUAUGGUGGGACUCAUCUUGGGGCCUUAUGGCUUGAACCAUGGAGUUGAGCUUCACCCAGACGUCAUUGAAUAUGCAAAGCGGAAGUUGGAUCAGUUCAUCCGAACAAGCGACAGCUUCGACAAGUUUGACUUCUGUGAACCGUCCUUUGUGGCUGGCAACUGUCUGGAAAUCUCUCUGGAAUCUUCCGCUUACGAUCGCGUGUACUGUGGAGCCGGGGUACAGAAGGAGCAUGAGGAAUACAUGAAGAACUUUUUAAAAGUGGGCGGGAUCCUUGUGAUGCCACUCGAAGAGAAGCUCACAAAGAUAACCCGCACUGGUCUAACAUCCUGGGAAACCAAGAAGAUCCUGGCUGUGUCAUUUGCUCCGCUAGUGCAAAUAACUAAAGUGGACAAUGGAAGGAGACACCCCCUCCAUCUUCCUCCUCCGAACGUGCGCUCACUGCAAGACUUGGCUCGCAUCGCCAUCAGGGGACGUAUUAAGAAGACCCUCAAACAGGAGGUCACCUGCAGGGGAGUUGGGGGGAGCCUAAAACCCCAACGCCGCUACAAACGUAAGCGCCUGCGCCGACGCCGUAUGGAGACCAUAGUCUUCCUCGACAAAGAAGUGUUUGCCAGCCGCAUCCCAAACCCCUUUGAUGACAACAACAACUGUGAAGAUGUGGAGGAAGACCCAAGAGAAGAGGAAGAACGAGUGGUCAUUGACACAAAGCCAGAACCUCUUGUUAACUUUCUCAGAGAGAAAAUUCUGAGUCUGCCUCUUCCAGAUCCUCUGAAAUACUAUCUGCUCUACUACCGAGAAAAAUAAACCCCAGGACAAUAUGGAGGUCUUCUGACUGCACCAAUUUUUUUCCCCCCUUUAAACUGGCUGGCAUCUGGUCUUAUGGGGAUGACGGCCAGUCCCUUUUGCCUUCUUGACAAUUGUAUCUCCAGCUCUGCAGCCAAUUUCUUCUAUAGCCCAAGCAACCAAGUCGAAUCCAGAAUGUCCAUGGACUCUGACACUUUCCAUCCUUUUGCUUUCCUCUAAGGAUUGAUUGCUCUUCUAUAGAAGCCCAUUGGGUGCUUUGUCUAGCAGAGCAGCCCUUUAAAAGCACAGCUCUUUUCCACUCGCUUUCCAAUCACAUAACCCCACUUGGCUACAUCUUUGACCUAUGGUGGUUUAUCUGCAACAUUUGAAAAGGUCAUAGGUUUUUGACCUAAUGUGGUGAUUAUAGGGUGUACUAGUCUAGUCACUCUUCCAGGUACUAUUGUGUCUCUGUAGAAAACAUGCUAUACCGGAGCAUUCACCAGAAACCAGAGCUUUUAGUGCAUUCAGCAUAGGUGGUGCCCUAAAUGCUAAAUCCCUUUAAGUAAUGUUGCAGGUAUAUUGGUGUUCAAACCUUUCAUAGAAA